UGAAUUGGUAUUUCUUACGAUUUUCAGAGUUGCCGUAAAGUAUCUAACGUUGGAACAUUUAAAAUAUUGAAAAUAUCAUAUACGACAAAUCACGAGGAACUGAUCAUUGAUGAAGAAAUGGUAAACGAAACCCAGUCAGAUGCAGAGGCAAAAAUGUCGACAUUAUCACCAUCCAAAAAUAUAAAAGUUGAUAUUGACGACGAAAAAGAGGAGGCAGCAUUGCAAGCGUUACUCAACGAAAUGGACAGUGAAAUUAACAAAGAUAUUAAACAAGAUGAAAAUGAUAAAGAAAAUGAAGAAUUUGAGCAAUUAUCUAAUGGUACACCGGACGGGGAAGUCAACGCAGACAGUGCUGAUAAGAUAGCUGCAGAAAAUAUUACUAGAAAAAAAUCCACGUGGACCAGGCAGCAGACGGGACUCGAACCCGCACCCUUCGCUAUUUGGGCGAAUGUACUGACCAUAAUGCUACUGCGGCCCUGA